ACCGGAAACGGGCUGUAUACUGCGUCCGGCUUGACGGCAGUAGCUUCAGAUGUCGUUAAUAACUCGGGCCACCCGGUGGUUGUUCACAACAACAGAGGAAGCAGCACCAGCUCUGACCAAAUAAAGCCCCGUCGCGAGUUUGAGAUCCUGUUUUGGAACCACACUAACGGAAACCAACGUCGACGCGUUCCCCCUCCGUUCUUCCGUCGUCAGCUCGCUUUGUGCUUCUUCUUCUCCGUCUUCUUCUUCUUCUUCUUCGUCGUCUUCUUCGCAGUCACGUCUGCGGCGGGUUUGCGGAUCCGUUCACACACGUCGUCGCAGCGGAGUAUGGCUCAGCAUGGACACCAUGUAGCCAGUUCCCAAAAAGCACUCAUGCUGGAGAUGAAAAGUCUCCAGGACGAGCCGGUGGAAGGCUUCAAAAUAACUUUAGUGGACGAGUCGGACAUGUACAACUGGGAGGUAGCGAUAUUCGGACCCCCAAACACUCACUACGAGGGGGGGUAUUUUAAGGCUCGGAUCAAGUUCCCCGUCGACUACCCGUACUCUCCACCUGCCUUUCGCUUCCUCACCAAAAUGUGGCACCCCAACAUUUAUGAGAACGGGGAUGUUUGCAUCUCCAUCCUGCACCCACCAGUGGACGACCCACAGAGCGGGGAGUUGCCUUCAGAGAGGUGGAACCCCACACAGAACGUCAGAACCAUCCUGCUGAGUGUGAUCUCUCUGCUGAACGAGCCCAACACUUUCUCCCCGGCCAACGUGGACGCUUCCGUCAUGUACCGCAAGUGGAGGGACAGCAAGGGCAAGGACAGAGAAUACAUCGAAAUCAUCAGGAAGCAGGUGGUGUCGACCAAAGCCGAGGCAGAGCGAGACGGCGUCAAGGUUCCCAUCACGCUGGACGAGUACUGCGUCCGCACGCAAGUCCCGCCCACAGACGACGGCUCCAACCUCUUAUACGAUGACUACUACGACGACGAGGAGCUGGAGGACGACGACGACGAGGACGACAACGAGGACUGUUGCUAUGACAACGACGACUCGGGCACCGAGGACUCCUGACCUUGCCUUCCUGUGACGUCGCCUCGUCCCUGACCAGUCCCUGCCCCCCCCCACCCCGCGCCACACACGCCUCCCUCUCUCGUCAUGGACUGAACUUUAAUUCCCUAAACCCCCCCCUUCCUUCUUAAUAAACCCCUCAUCCUCACUUAUCACAGCCCCCCUGUCCACCUUCUGUCACAUGUGCAGUCAAAGUAUGCACACUAAAACCUGAUACAUCCAAGAAAGGAAAGCUACAGUUGUUUUUGUUUGUUUCUAACAUGUUUCUUUUUUUCUAUUUUACUUUUAUUAGUUGUCUGAGUAGAGGUUUCACAUGAUACACACACACACACACACACACACACACACACACACACACACACACACACACACACACACACACACACACAGCAAUGAUAGUACUUCCUCAUCUGCUUCCGUUUGUCUGCACUGAUAACUGGUUUAAUUUCCUCAAACGCUUUUUAGCUCCAAGACCUGUUCCUUCCUCGGGCUUUGAGCGGAACAAAGCCUGUCCGAUGGCCAAGUUUCUUGUUGAAAAUUUGGCCGAGGAAAUGGUCACGCCUUCUCUCAACAUCAUCAGCGGGGUGGAAUGUAACAUCACAGGUCAGAUCAGAUCAGAGGACAACAAGCAGGGAGCAUUUGCAAAGGAAGCUAAUUAAGACAACAUGGACGCACGGUAUGUGUGUGUGUGUUUAAAAAAAAAAAAGAAGCUGAGUCACUUCUGUCUGUCUCUGAGCCAUGUGUGUGACUUCUGGUUUAGCGGGGUGUUUGAAGCCCUGCCAUGCUUCACCUCUGACCCCUGUGAGCCCCAGGGCUUGUGCUGCUCCACACGGGGGAAGUUAUCCAUUUCACGAAAAAAAAAAAGCUGUUCACACUCCCUUGUGCCUUCCCUCACUCCCUGACAUCACAGACCUGGAUGACUUGUGGGACAGACCGUAUACAAACAAAGGUGGCAGAGGGAGGAACUCAAGCUCACAAGGUUUCAGGUGGGGGGGGGGACAGUGCAAACUACGCACUCCUGAUGGAAAUAGCAGCACCUGUCAGAUGUGUUCAGGGUGUGAAUGAGAAAGGUGUAAAAUCCAACAGCUGAACUAAAGACUGGAAUGUAGAUCCCACAAAACGUCCUCUGACUGCCACGCAGCCUUCAUCGUACAAGCACGUGCUACUAGUGGCCUGGAUGCAUUAAGAAAACAGCUAGCUGAGCCCGCUGCUGCUCAUGAAAUCCAAUGUACUGUAUUUAACUAUAAACUAUGCAGUCAGUGCUUGAACCUACUUAAUAUGCAGUGCUUUAAACGUGGCAGUGAAGCUGAGCCUUUUCAACAGUCUGACCUGAACUCCAGCUUGAGGUUUACAACCUGUGAGGGGCUUUGGACUGACUACGUCCUUUGUUAGAGCUGGACACGUCUAUUUGUAUCCGUCUUUAUGUUUGUCGGUGGUUUGUUUUUCUAACUCAUGAGAGGCACAGGUCUCUGCAGCAGAGUGAGAUUGUACACUAGCCUUCAUGAGAGCUCGCUCCCUAGCGGUGGCUCUCUGUAAUGGCAUUUUUAAACCAACCCCCCCCCACACUUCUGAAAUGCUCGACUGGGCUGCAGCCAUCUUGACUCACCUGAAUCAAUGAACCCUGUAACCUCAAGAGGAGAUCAGGUAGCAGUGUGAGUGAUCCAGAAGAAUGAGAACGGCCUGGUGGAUAUGCAGACUGACUGGGGUUCUUGUUUUUCAGUCUACACUGUCAGAGGCCCCGUGGUUUCUUCUCUCCUUCUCCUAACUGCCAGGAGUGCUCUGUUGCACACUCAAGACACGUUAACACCACCCAACAGUAUUUACGAUUUGGAAUUCCCAACAUCGCUGUAAUCACGUUUCCCUUUGUGUGUGAAUAUUCACCGAUCGUUUUUUUUUUAAGAUGUGCUGAAAAGGAAGCAGAAUUGGGAAGGAAUGGGGGAUAGAGUGGAUCUUUGAGCAUGAACAGGAGAAUGUGGUUCUUCACGAGCAUGCUGUUAUGAUGCGUUUUUGGUUGAGGUCGGGGUUGUGUUCAGAGAAAAAGGUCCCUCUACUCAAUAUUAUCUAAAACUGUUGCAUUGUGAACGGGCUGAGGGUUGUUCCAUUGUUUUUUUUGUGGGGGGUGGGGCUUCUUUUACUGUUUUGAUGUAAUCUUUAAUUUCCAAAUUGUGGUGUGAGCUGCAAUGAUUUCUCUCCUAUAUGUAUUAAGUGCUAUGAAAAUUGACCUGAUUGUUAAAAACCCUGGAUUGUUCAUGGAAGAAAGACUAAAUGUACCAACUUAUUGUACACAAAUAUCAUAAUAGCAGAAAAGUUAUGCAGAACCCAAAUUGACACAGCCCACCACACGGUCAUUUUUCCAGCCUUUUAUCGUGCCCUGAAUGCUCAGAAAUGAGUUCUCAAUAAUUGACUGACUUCCGUCACACACCCCAUGAAUGACCCCCCCCCCCACCCUCACUGUUUUUUAUGUUUUAUGGUGAAUGGGAUUACAUAUUUUGUCAAACUACUGUUAUUUUUAUCGUCUCUCCUCCCCACUCGUCCCCCAGUUCUCUGAGCUGAUUGGUGAUUGCAUCACUGAGGGGGGAAAAAAACCCCAAUCCGUUAAUUACAAAAAAAAACCUACAAGAACCUCAGGAAGACAAAAAAAACCACCUACCAACCAACAAAUAAACAAAUCCUUUUACCAACUGAGUGAACCUAACCCCGGGAGUCUCACUUUUUGGCUUCAAUGGACUGUUUACAAUCUCUACCUUGAUAUGCACAUGUGGAUAUUUGACGAUCACUUGAUGUUUAUUGUUUUUUUUUUUCUUGUUUGUAUUUUUCUUUUUUUCUUAUGGUUUGUAAAUCUAUUUAAAAUCUGAAAUAAAGAUCUUUAUUAGAUAUUGA